CGUUGAGAGAUGGUUGGUAUUGUUACCGUCGACAGUUGUUCCUUCGAUGAGGCUGGACGAUGUUUCUAUGUUGAUAGUAACAACAAUGACGACGUUAUCAACCUCUACGCACUCAUCUCUUACUGUUAGAGGAUCGCAUUUCGAUCCCAAAGUAACAACAACAGCAUGAGCGUUAUCGAAAUUCUAACCCGAGUCGAUACCAUUUGUAAAAAAUACGACAGAUACGACGUCGUUAAACAUAACGAUGCCAAUGUCUCCGCCGACGACGCAUUCGCCAAACUCUACGCCAUUUUCGACGCCAACAUCGAGGCCGCGCUACAGAAAGCAGAAACUGCUUCAAAGGAGAAAAAUAGGGCUUCAACUGUAGCGAUUAAUGCUGAAAUUCGUCGUACUAAGGCUAGGUUACUGGAAGAGAUUCCCAAGUUGCAGAGGUUGGCUGUAAAAAAGGUAAAGGGGCUUUCGUUGCAAGAAUUUUCCACUCGUAAUGAUUUGGUUCUUUCAUUGCCGGAGAGAAUCCAAGCAAUCCCAGAUGGCACUCCUGCUGCACCCAAACAAACUGGAGGUUGGGGAGCUUCUGCCACACGUCCUGAAAUUAAAUUUGAUUCAGAUGGCCGACUGGAUGAUGGAUACUUUGAACCAACCAAAGAAUCAAGUCAGUUUAGGCAGGAGUAUGAAAUGCGUAAAAUGAAACAGGAUGAAGGUUUGGAUGUGAUUGCAGAAGGAUUGGAUACUUUGAAAAACAUGGCACACGAUAUGAACGAGGAAUUUGAUAGGCAAGUUCCACUGAUGGAUGAGAUUGAUACUAAGGUAGACAAGGCAUCUUCUGACCUUAAGAAUACCAACGUUAGACUUAAAGACACAGUUACCCAGCUUCGAUCCAGUCGAAACUUUUGUAUUGAUAUUGUUUUGUUGAUUAUAAUUUUGGGAAUCGCUGCCUAUUUGUACAAUGUGCUAAAAUGAUACGACAUACAAGACUAUUGUAUUUAUUCUAUUGGUAUACGUGUGUUUCUUGUAUUUUGUUGAGAAUAUUCUGUCAUAUAUUUUUUAAAAUAUAUUGGUGUGAAUUUUUCCUUCCACUUGAGAGAUUCCAUCUGUCCUUUAUGAACAGACUAUAUAUGCCCUUAUGUUACGUGUCAUAUUAUCAUAUAGUUGCGGGUAUUCUUUUCUGGGAUUUA